UUCGCUAGGCUUUGCCGCUUGCCCUCCCACUCCUCGUCGCAGGGCUCGAUGAUGUCGGAGAUGCGCCAAGACGAUACAAGUACACCAUCACCUGGGACAAGGGGUCUCCUGAUGGUUUCAAGCGAGAGAUGGCUUUCGUCGACGGGCAGUUCCCGGGUCCCCUAAUUGAAGCCAACCAGGGCGACAAUGUCGAGGUCGUGGUGACGAACGGCAUGCCCAUGAACACCACAAUACAUUUCCAUGGCAUCACGCAAAUCGGAACACCAUGGUCGGAUGGCGUCCCCGGCUUGACGCAGCGUUACAUCCAGCCGGGAAAGAGUUUUACCCACAAGUGGAAGGCGGAUCAGUAUGGGAGCUACUGGUAUCACGCCCACUCCCGCGGCCAGAUCGACGACGGCCUUUACGGCCCCAUCCUGAUCAACGGCAAGGGCCAAGAGAACUGCUGGUCGUGCACCAAGAUCAACCAGCUUACAACAGGAAUCCAGCGCGUCUUUUUGCAGCGUGACGGAGAUAACCAGUUGACGGACAAGGGAUGCCUCCCCGCCCGGUCGGUGGCGGCAGGUCUCUCUCCCGGUCUGCAGGUCAACCUGUCCGCCAUUCCAGCAGACAUUUUCGACAAUUGCAAGCCGACAAAUGGCGAGCUGGCAGUCAUCCAGGUGACUCAGGAUCCUACCGGCAUUGUCUCCAUCGACGAGCAUCCCAUGUACGUGUACGCUGUGGACGGAGGAUACAUUCAGCCGCAGCUCGUCCAGGCCAUCAGCGUUGCCAACGGCGACCGCUACUCGGUUCUGAUCAAGGCAGACCGCGCUGGGGACUUUGCAAUCCGCGUCGCGUCUGCCGCCAUGCCGCAGCUGAUGUCGGGCAUGGCCACCAUGCGCGUCCAAGCCGCCAACAGCAGCAGUCCGACGCGCGUGGUUACCCGGGGCGAUGACUAUGGGGAUGAUGAAGAUGGCGGCGAGACAGGCGGCAAGCAAAAGCUCAGGAUACAACAGGCGCCGCCAGUUCCGGCUCCGACGCAGCCGGCAGUGUCGCCCACCUCUACGCCGUACAUCAACGACGCGGGCGCCGCAGCCUCGCGCAACACGUUCAAGCUCAGCAUGCGGCACGACGGAGCAGCAUACAAAUGGGCUCUCAACGGCACCAUCUACCCGGCCUCGGCCGACGAAGCGCCGACGCCCAUCCUGUUCGGGCCGCCGCAAACCAAGGACGAGAACGACGUGACCAUCUCGACGCAGAACAACACGUGGAUCGACCUCGUCUUCGAGUCGGCCAUCUUCCCCAUGCCGCCGCACCCCGUCCACAAGCACGGCACGCACAUGUACCUGAUCGGCCAGGGUCAGGGCAACUUUACGUGGAAUUCGGUCGCCAAGGCCGCCCCGGCCCGCCCCCAGAGCUUCAACCUGCAGAACCCGCCCAAGCGCGAUACCUUCCAGAGCCUGGUUGCCGUCGGCCAGCCCGCCUGGAUCGCCGUCCGCUACCACUCGUCCGAUCCGGGGCCGUGGCUGAUGCACUGCCACAUCCAGGCCCAUCUCGAAGGUGGCAUGGCCAUGGUAAUCCAGGACGGUGUCGACGCUUGGCCGCAGGUGCCGUCCGAGUAUCUCGAGAUGUCCUGA